AUGCCUAAGACCGCAGUGGCCGUCGGCUGUGCAGUGGGAGUGCCAGGUGCCGUGGGGCUUCUCAUCUGUCUUUUCUUCUGGUACCGAUCGUCGCGGAGAUUCAAGAAGGAGUCCAUGGAAGAUGUCGAUAUUGAUGCCAAGGACAUGGACCUGAGCUCGCUCUACGCCAGACCGCACAAACCUGGGUUUGCUCCUCCGGUGGACCCUUCCACCGGGGAUGAAUUGUCCAUACGUGAAAGGGACCUGGAUCACAUUUCGGAUACGAAAUACGAAAGCCAGGCUAACAAGGAUUCGAGUAUCGCUUUCGGCGUUGACACCUCAGAUGGAACGAAAAAUUCAGGCACAGACAUCACGACCAACAGCUCGUCCCAUCUACACACACACAGCAAUAUCCACAGCAGUGGUGGAACUCCAGGGUCGAAUUACAUGUCCUUUUAUGAUUCGGUAAUACCGGUUUUGCCUACUCCUGAUAACCUCCCAGGUAGCGCACAGACGAUGGUUGAGAACUCUCCCAAUGGGGGGUCUCAACAGGCCACUCCAAAGACACCGGAAAGAGGCUCGGCUGCACAAACUGCUGACUUUAUACGGCAUUUGCACAAGAAUGACAGUUCGAGUUUCCCCAUGACCACACAUACCAUGGUUAAUGCCACACCCUCGACUCUGAACCUGUUCAAUAACUAUCAGAGGUCUUCCAGCACUAGUACCAGUCGCAAUGGGUCCAUGACUGGUCUCAAUGGAUCCCAGGACGGAAUCGCUGGUACAAAGGCUUAUCCAAGAUCCGGUGCUCUUAGCAAGGCUACGAGUCAAGACAAUAUUGGUCUUUUGCGCUCUGCAAGAGGAUCGAACCAGUCGUUGCUUAUGAUGGGCCAGGAAAGCCCGAAAAGAGCACUGAACAGCACAGCAGAAGGAUUCACAAAUCCUUCGUCCCCAGGAUGGAAAACUGACACUGAAACUGGAGAGAUCCAGCCGCAUUCACUGCUUGAAGGCACAAUUCUUGCUACCUCAGAAGCUCCCCUGAAGCCUUCGCCAUUUGACACACCUCCAAGAAAUCGAUCCAGUCACGUUUUUGCCGACGACGAUGAAGAUUCGAGCGAGUAA